ACACUGUCUGGGUUUUACCCCCGAAAACGUCCACAUUUGGACUUAGCAUUUGUGGCAGAGAAGGGAGGGCGGUCGGGAGCGCGUGUGAGAGGAGCGUGGUCCGGUUUGGAGCGGAUUUGAUCCGGUUUGGAGCUGGUUUUGUAACCUGUCUGGACCGUUGGGAAAGCGAGAAGGAGGGAAAGUUUGCUGCAGCUUCGGUUCACGUGUUCCUCAGCCAUGUUUCGGUAGAGAUUGGCUACACAGCGCCCAUCAUGCGGAAGCAUCUGGACAGGAUCCGGUUCCGGGGCCAGAGACGGGACGAGUUCCUGGAUCUGGUUGACUCGCCCAACACGUCUGACACAGAAUGCACAGAGGAAGUUGUGAUUAAACCUCGCCUCCUCUCCAGAGAUUCGGAGGAGCAGAGGGAGGGGGAGGGAGAGCAGCAGAGUGACACUCAGGCUGGUCCAGGAUUAUUUUCUGCAGCUCUCCAAGAUGACUCGAGGACAGAUCUCAAUGAGGUCAAAGGUCACCUAGAAAUUGCCUUGUUAGAGAAACACUUCUUACAGGAGGAGCUGAGGAAACUUAAAGAGGAGUCAAACAUGGAUUCACUGAAACAGGAGCUGGAGAGGGAGCGCAGCAGGUGCAUCGAGCUGGAACAGAAGAUCAACGACGUCCUGAAACCCAGACUUGAGGACUCACCUUCUCAGACACCAAAAGCCCCGUCUCCUCCUCCACCUGCAGUCAACAGUACAGACAAACAGAAAGACACUUUAUCCGACAGCCUCCUGAAGUGGCUUUAUGAUCGUUUUGGCGUUUAUAUCGAGGACUUCCGAUUCCAGCCGGAGGAGCAGACGGUGGAGACGGAGGAGCCGCUGAGUGCCAAGAGAUUGACUGAAAACAUGAGACGACUCAAACGAGGAUUCAAACCUGUGACCAAUUUCAAGAGGAACCUCUCUGCCUUAUCCAGCUGGUACUCCGGCUACACGUCAGCCAUCGCUUUCAUUAUGUACAUGUAUGCAGCGUGGCACGGCUGGACCGUUCCCAUGUUCCUUUUCCUCGCCAUCCUCCGCCUCUCCUUGAAUUACCUCAUAGCCAGAGGCUGGAGGAUCCAGUGGAGCAUCGUACCUGAAGUCUCAGAGCCCGUGGAACCUCCUAAAGAAGACCUAACGGUGUCGGAGAAGUUCCAGCUGGUUCUUGACGUUGCUCAAAAAGCACAGAAUCUGUUUGGGAAGAUGGCAAACAUCCUGGAGAAAAUAAAGAAUUUGUUCAUGUGGGUUCAGCCGGAGUUGACUCAGAAGCUGUACGUCGGUCUGUGGAUUGCCUUCAUCUCCUCCUGCCUGCUGCCGUAUCCACUCCUGGGAUUCAUCAUAGGUGUGUAUGCAGGUAUAAAGUUCUUCAUCAUCAACUUCAUCUUUAGUAGAUGUCCCAAGCUCAAGCAGCGCUACGACACCCCCUACAUCAUCUGGACCAAUUUACCCACUGAUCUGCAGCUGAAGGAGCGCAGCAACACCACGCUGAGCAGACGGGCUACUGUGCAAGCCGGCCGAGGCAGUGUCGGCACUGCAGCUCCUCUGGGUGUUGGCCGGGAUGAGGACGGAGGACGAUACUACAGCACCAAGAGAGGAGCUUUUCACGAAGUCUUCAACCUGCCGGAGAGCGAGCGCCCUCUGGCAGUGUGUGAGAACGGCUGGCGCUGCUGCCUCAUCAACAGAGACAGAAGGACACCGACAGACUACAUCCGCAACGGAGUCCUCUACGUCACUGAGAAUCAUCUGUGUUUCGAGAGCUCCAGCUCCAGAUCUGGAUCCACUAAAAGGAACAAAGUCAUCAAACUGCUCGACAUUACAGACAUCCAGAAGUACAAAGUUUUGUCUGUGCUGCCUGGAUCUGGGAUGGGCAUCUCCAUUGCGACGCCAUCCACCCAAAAGCCGAUGGUGUUUGGUGCGAUGAUCCACAGAGACGAGGCCUUCGACGCCAUCUUCAAUCAGUACAUGAAGAUUGUUACCAUGGCUGCGGCCACCGACCCAGAGACAUAGUAACACCUUCACAAGAGGGCUGCAUUCACACACACAAACACUGCAACUGUUUCACUGUGUUCACCAAACAGCUGCUGACUCCAGUUUGAGCUUCUCUCAUGUGAUCAGCAAACUAAAUGAUCUGGUGACGUCGAUUGAUAUAACAUCUGCUGAUUCCAGCUAAUUCCUGAUAUCAUGUCAGAAUCAGGCAUUAAGAUUUAUUUAAUAAUACCGGCCAUUAAGAAGUUAAAGGCAGGUAUUCAAAUCUCAAAUGAUCGUCUGUAUAAAAAGUAGAGGCCAAGUAAAAAAGUGAGAAGGGUGGAGUUACCUUUAGUAGAAUUUCUCAAUUGAAAACACUGUAUAAAGUACAUUUACACCAUAAAACAACAGUCAUGUCAUAUUUACCACUCUUCUGAAAAUACAUUCUUCCAGUUGCUUCUACUUUGCUUUUGCUUUUUUUUUGCAGUCAAUAUAGAGGCCCUAGUCCCUCCCUUUCCACUGUCCUCCACAGGACCUUAUUUCAGAAAAAAAUAUGUACAGCAGUCAGCAGAAAGAGACAAAUCAUUUUUGGAAGACUUUUGAUUUGUGCUGUGAAUUACACAUAUGAUGUUUGCCAAUGUAGAAGAUAAUUUUUCAAGCCAAGAAAGUUGUAGUUUGAUGUAAAAAGGAUGAGACCAUACAUGAUAAGAAAAAACAACAACGUUACACAUUACCUUCAUCUCUCUCUGACAUCAGAUAUAAAAGACAAUUUUGCAAGUCAAAAAAAGUUGCAGGUUGUCAAAGAUUUAUUGAGGCACCAUUUAGUUUUGUGCAAAACUGUUCAGUAAAUUACAUCUAUCAUCUCACAAGAUGUAAUCACCAUCACCUGCUAGCUAGCUACAUUACGCGCACAAACAUUUUCUCACCCGACGUGUUUAUCCAGCGACGCUUGGUCUUUUUGUCAGCCGGGAGGUGAAAUAAUGAGCGAGAGCUUAUGUGAGGGCAUCCCUGUCGUUGCUUCAAAGAUAAAAAGUUAAAAUGUCACUUAAGCGACUUUUGUAAUAUUUCUAAUAAAGUAUUUUUACAGUCUUGUACUUCACAAAGCAAAAUUUUUGCACACCUGAGAAUCGACAGGUGCUUAGGAGAAGACCAUGGCCUGAUAUGUUGGUCUUGCUCCCGAAAAUUUCCUAUAUUGCAGGUGCAUAUUGUUCUAUGAGAGUCUCAUAUGUUUCUUGACUUGCAAAAUUAUCUUUUAAAUUGACAAACAUCAUGUAUAAUUCAUGGGACAAUUAAAGCGAGAUCAAAAAACUAUUUGUCUCUCCCCAUGGACGACUGUAUAUAUAUUUUCCAAAGUAAGGUCCCACUGGAAAUUGAGGGACUUCGCCUCUCUAUGAAUCUCAACUCUUCCUGCUCAAUUUUUUUUUUUGCGUUGAAAGUCUUUCAAAGGUACAAUCCCUACCUUUUGUGGUAGGCUUUUAAUUAAAGCAUGUUUUGUUUCAGAAAAAUAGAAAAAAACAAUCAGUAGUGUGAAAUCUAAAAGAUGUGUUUUUUAAAUUUGACUUUGAUCGCUGCAGGUUGUUCAGGCCGGUCAGCUGAACCAGUACACCUGUCGCCUGCAGCGCAUCAGUCAGCUGUGUCAUGUGACUGAUUCUGUAAUUUCAGUUUACUUCUCUGCAGAGGCGUAGCACAAAAUUCUGGGCCCUUAUUCUCUUAAUCCAUGUCUCUCUCAUGCACCUUUCAGCUCUAGCUGCGUUAAGAGACAAAUUCUAAUGCACAGUAGGACUUUUGCACCUUAAAGGGGUGAGGGGGCCUCAGAGAGCUUCCACUAUUUUUUAAUACAAAGGUCAGUCUUUUAGUUGAUUUAUUCAGCCAAUUUUAUCGUAGCUAUGACACUAAUUAUUGAUAAAGAAUUGAAAACAAAACCAAGCUUUUUAUGCCAGGUUUUUCAAGUUUUUAUUUAUUUAUUUUUUGCAUAUUGCUGAA